AUGCCCGAGUUCAUCACCCCUCCGCCUUUCGGCACAGUUGGUGACAACACGAAUAACCAGAACUAUGCAAUUGGUAGCACAGUCACCUUCUCCUGGACCGGAACGACCGCAGACACGGCAGGCAUGAACCUAUGGCUGAAGAGAGACGUCACAGGAUACACAUGCACAGCACUGAACCUUGCAAACACCCAAUGCUGGCUGAUCAAUGAAAAUAACCAGGGCACGUCCUUCAGCUGGAACGUCAAUAUUCCAACGUUCAACGGCGCGGGGUACGAUAGCAGAAGCCCAUGGUAUUGGAUUCACAUGUACGAUUCAGACAACACCUUCGGCGGUGAAUUUGGAUCCCACUACUUCAAUGUUCUACCUUCAAGUCUAAUGCCGGCCUCUGCGUCACUGACCCAGACGAGAGCAUCAACAUCAACAACUGCGUCUACAGCAACUUCUGCUUUCUCUUCAGCCAUAACUACCCCUGCGAGCUCCGCCAUCUCUUCAGCUGCCUCAUCCCUCACCCCAGCCUCAAGUGCCGCAAGCAGCCGCGUCACCACAGCUGAACUAUCUGAAACAAGCGCCUCACGUCAAUCUGCCAUACCCUCAAGCUCAUUAACCUCCAUCUCUGGCUCCUCAAGAUCAGGCACAGCAACCAACGCCGCAGCAUCCGCCACCUCCUCCGCAGCACAACCCGUCGCAACCUCAACCCCAACCGGCCUCAGCAGCACCGCUAAAAUCGCCAUUGGCUGCGCAGUAGGAAUCGGCAUACCACUAAUCGCGCUCCUCGCCGUAAUCGCCUUCUUUCUCUCUCGAAACAACAAGCGCAAACAUGCAGCUCGAGCUGGUGGCGUUGGAGGAGCAGCGGGAAUGUCAGAGCGAGGAUCGUCGAAGGAAUAUGUUCAUGAGAAGCCGGUGUGGAAAGAUACGCAGAACACGGGGGGGUGGGAACCGUCGCGGCAGCCGCCGGUGCAUGAGAUGGAGUCGCAGAAUUUCCGCAUUACGAGUCCGAGUGAGCUUGAUGCACAUCCGUAUCGGCGGUGA